CAGUCGUUCAUCUCCCCGGACUUAGACUUUGCAUUCGAUACCCAUUUCAGUUGUGGCUGAACUGCCAUACGAUGCUUACUUACGAUUUAAUUUCGCAUACAUGUAAACUGCAUUGAUUAGUGUGGGCAAACUAGUGUAAACGCACAUGAAAUCUAUAAAAUUUUUUGUGCUUUUUAUAAUAAUAUUCGUAGAGAGUAAAAUUCGAAAUGAUUUCAAUAACAAUUUGAUGUGUCAAUAAACGUAUUAUUUAAUUUGUGUCCGAUACUACGCUCAAAGUGUAAAAAAAAUAGACAAUGUGGCUCAUAGUAUUCUUCAAUCCUUGAAGAUUUCUGAGGGGUAGGAAUUUUUCGUGAUGAUGACAUAUUGUUAUGCAAAUGCAUACAAAAAGCAAUACCACUAACGUAAUGAUAAUAAUUAAAAUAAUAAAAACAAUUGAAAAGUCAUCUCAUCAGCGUGAAAUAUUUAUUCUUAGGGCAUUGAUGGAAUUCACCAACCAAGCGACAGAAGAUCAAAAUAAACUACAAAGUUUUAGGAUUGAUUCGGUCUUCAUCGUGAAAAACUGUAACAACAACGUGGACAAAAGAUAAACUCCAUGAUGUUCAUGCAUGACAGAGAUUGAUUCUGGAUCUAAACUCUUUGGUCUAACUUCCCAUCAUCAAUGUGGCUUAAGACUACGUUAAAAAUGAUAGGUGCUCCAUCAACUACAUGUCACAUAGGUACUCCUAUAAAAUAAUACUUAUUUCUUUAUAAUUAAGGAUAAUCAGAUACAAAAAUUUACAAGAUCGGAAUAAUCAGCAUCAAGUGUCAUUAUCGUCGUCGUCGCCGUCUCCGUUAGGUUGAGAAUGGCGACGACGCAAGAUCCAACGACAUUGGACACAACUUCGAAACUGUCAGAUUUGUUGGGAACAUCGAAUCAUCACUUUAACUUUACGAGCACAAGCUUUGUGACACCAGACUGGCCAGAUACAUCCGUCGCAGUCGGAAAAGGCUGUUUUCUUGGUGUAAUAAUAAUUGGAGCUGUUUUUGGUAAUUUACUUGUGAUUGUAUCAGUAAUGCGUCACAGAAAACUCCGAAUAAUAACGAAUUAUUUUGUUGUAUCAUUGGCACUCGCUGACAUGUUGGUUGCCAUGUUUGCUAUGACAUUUAACCUAAGUGUACAGGUAACAGGUCGUUGGUUGUUUGGUUACUUUAUGUGUGACGUAUGGAAUUCUCUUGAUGUAUAUUUCAGCACAAGCUCUAUAUUACACUUAAUGUGUAUAUCUGUUGAUCGAUAUGUUGCGAUCGUAAAGCCGCUCAAGUAUCCAAUAUAUAUGACGAAAAAAGUUGUUUUUUACAUGCUACUUGCAUGCUGGUUCGCACCAGGCAUAAUAUCGUUUGUACCAAUAUUUAAUGGAUGGUACACAACAAUCGACAAUAACAAUUAUCGCCACAUGCAUCCUGAUAUUUGUGAAUUCAAAGUCAAUGAGGUCUAUGCAAUACUGUCAUCGAGCAUAUCAUUCUGGAUUCCAUGCACCAUCAUGACCCUUACUUACUUAGCGAUAUUCAAAGAAGCUAAUCGUCAAGAAAAGCAGAUGCAUAGUAGGAUGGGAAACGUCAUGUUGCUAAGUCAUCGACCAAGUCGUGAUUUGAACAAUAUUAACGGUGAAUUAAAUAAUAGCGGCUCAUCAAAGACGCUAACACUUAAUGAAAUUAAUACUGAUCAUCUUCAUACACCAACGAAAGACAAGAAUCUUAUCAAAAUGAAACGAGAGCACAAAGCUGCAAGGACUCUCGGAAUAAUUAUGGGUACAUUCAUACUGUGUUGGUUACCAUUUUUUCUAUGGUAUGUUACAACCAGUUUGUGUGGUUCACAUUGUUCAUGUCCAGAUAUCGUAGUCCAUAUUGUAUUUUGGAUUGGUUACAUGAAUUCUGCCCUCAAUCCACUGAUUUAUGCAUACUUCAACAGAGACUUCCGAGAAGCCUUCAAAAAUACUUUGCAGUGUGCUUUUUGCUCACUUUGUAGGAGAGAACCAUUCGAUCUGGAAGCACUUGAUAUUCGUCGACCAUCUUUGAGGUAUGAUGAUCGAACCAAGAGUGUAUACAGCGAAACGUUCAUCAAACACAACGACCGACGUAGAUCAAGCGAGUAUGGGAGCAGCCUCUGAGAUGAAAACAAAGUUAGAUUUUAAGGCUCGAAGGAUUCAUAGAGUUCAAAUUUACAAGCAUUCUCAAAGAAAAGAAAAAACGAUAUAGGAUAACGCUGACAAUUGUUUUCUUUGGCCAUUCUUAUACCAUCAUGGACUGACUGCAAAUAAAUGCAUUUAGCAGUGUUAUCUGAUAUUUUUUUGUUCAACAAUGUCAAAAAAUUCGAUGAAGGUGACCUUAAGACGUUUUGGAAGAAAUUUUAGAUCAAAAAAAAAAAAUAAUUGAAAGGUCGUUUUUUGUCAAAAAAAGAAAAUUAUUAUUCAAAUGCUUAUAAAUUAUUUCAAUUUUUCCUAAGUUGAUUAUUAAUUAAUUUGACCAAUGUAUCCAUGUAAAGCAUGUAUUAUAUUAAUUCAUAGACAGAGUCAGAUUUCAAUGAAUUUUUUAAUAUCAGUUUUAGACAAACAACUAAAGCAAUAUAUAAGAGACUGUUAUGUAGAAUCGAUCAAUAUAUUUAGCAAGCCCUCAUGUUUCUCAGAAGUUCUUAAAGCUUUUUUACAUAAAUUCAAGUCAAUAUUAAAGUAAUAACUGGUUCUAAAUAUGAGGUGAAUCAAUAAAAAAAUAUUAAAGAACA